GCUGGAAAAUGCGUUUGAUCAUAGCGAGCUAUACUUAGUAUUGACUGAAAUUUAUCGCGUACUUCUAUGACAUUUUUACAAGUAGCCUAAAGGCAUAAGUAUAUAAAGUUGUCCAGUAAAGGCAAAUUAAGGAACUCGGCGUCUUCUUAACCGGCAGAAAUUAGUUGGUUCUAUCAGCGUUUUGCACUGUUCUGCGCCGGUACCGCUUUAGUUUAUAUAAUUCCUUGUGUGCUAAAAUGCGGCUGUGUAUUGUGGGACUAACUGUUCUGGUAGCGGUGGCCAGCGCAGCCAGAGGUCGGGAUGACCGUGAUCGGGGAACGGGCGGCUCGGACCGGGAUCGCGGAAGUUCUUUCAGCGGCGCCGGGGUGGACGGUGACAAUUUCCCUGAUUAUUUCCGAGUGGAGGUGGAAAUUCAGCGCCUAGAAAACGAAAAGGGCAUUCUCUCAAAUGGGAAAAACUGUGAUGUCUUCGGCGGAAAAUGUGAUCCGCGGGUGCAAGUAUUUGUUGACGUUGACCAGCCUUUGUCUCCCUGGCCGGGAUCGAGCGAAUCGAAGGAAUAUCAAUGGCCUCAAAUAUUUGAAGCGUCUAACGUUAAUUCUCCGACCAUUGGAAAAUCUGUCACUCGCGAUGUAUGCGGAGGUUCCGUUAACAAAGUUAACGCUAGAGUAUCCGUUCUGGAUGUGGACACCGCAACGAGCAAUGACCACAUCAACAACUUCGACUGUGUUUUUGACGUCAUUCCCCAUGAUGUGGCUAGAGAUGCCAAGAGUGCCCAGUGGAGCCAGUCCUUCGAAUGUACACCAAAAUUCCAGUCUGGGAAAAUGAGACUCCUUGCACGCCAACGAUCGUAUGAAAUCCCCGCAAGCAACUGCCAGGCGUCCAGCGACAAGGAUCAACGACAGAGCCUUAGUACCGGUAUGCGAUCGGCCGGUCCCCACAUUCCCGGCCGACAUGAUUUUGUCCGAUUGGAUGCGGAAAUCGUCCAGCUUAGCAAUCCUCAGGGCAUCACUGAUAAGAAGGUCAAGUGCGACACCGGCAAUGCUUGCGACCCCAAGAUCUCUGUUAAUCUCGAUACCGAUAUUCCUUUAGCCAGAUGGCCCGGAUCAAAGACUGUCCCGAAUUUCAAAACCAUUUUCCAAGCAACAAACCAGGACUCGCCUGUUGUCAAUAAAAACAUCACAAAAACUUUCUGUGGAGGAUCUGUUGCGUGGGUGAAUUUGCGCGCGGAUGUUGUGGACGAAGACAGUCUAUCCGCUAACGACCAUAUUGGCAGCUUCGAAUGCCUCUUUUUGGCUGAUUACAACAAUUUUGCUAGCGAUAUUUCCAUCUCCGACUGGUCGACAACGCAGGACUGCAAAGCAUUACAGGAUACUGACGUCCGGUUGCAGUACCGUUAUCGCAUCUACGAUGUACCACCAACAAGCUGUGGAAUCAAAGCGUCUGCCAAAUAAACUAACAAAUGGCUCGACCAGUUGUAUAAAUAGUAGAUAUGUUUUAAAUGCUAUAUGGAAACCAAAACCGUCUGCGAUAAAAAUUAAAGCGAAAAGGGAUAUAAGUACGACUUUAUUUAAUCAACUGAAUGCGGUUCUAAUUUCGUACGAGGUACAGUGUGUAGUUAUUUCACGCACACAUUAGUCCGUGCAAGAGAUUAAAGUUUUUAUAUUUAUGAACUGUUAAACUAAGACAAAGUAUAAAUGAAAUACAUCGAUGAAAUUUAUGAACACUAAGUGCCUGUGGGUUAUUGCCUAAUAAAUGCAGUUUUUCGA